AACACCUACUACGACAACCACAACUGUAGCUCCUACGACAACAUCUGUAGCUCCUAUGACCACUACAACUGCAGCAUCUACUUCAACAACCACUGCAGCUCUUACAACCCCUACAUCAGCAGCACCUACUUCAACAACUACAAAUGCAGUUCCUACAACAACGACAACUGAAGCUCCUAUGACAACCACAACUGCAGCUCCAACUGCAACAUCUGUAGCUCCUACGACCACUACAACAGCAGCAUCUACUACAACAACUACAAAUGCAGCUCCUACGACAACCACAACUGCAGCUCCUACUACAACUUUAGAUCCCACGACCAUUACAACAGAAGCACCCACUACGACCACUACAAACGCAGCUCUUACGACAACCGCAACUGAUACUCCUACUACAACUUUAGAUACUACGACCACUACAACAGCAGCACCUACAACGACAACUGUAGCUCCUACGACAACCACAACUGUAGCUCCAAGUACAACUGUAGCUCCUACCACCACAACUACACCACCUACUUCAACAACUACAACUGAAGCUCCUACGAUAACCACAACUGCAGCACCUGCUACGACAACUACAACUGAAGCUGCUACGACAACCACAACUUCAGUGCCUACUACGACAACUACAACACCUACUACAACACCUACUACGACAACUACAACACCUACUACGACAACUACAACACCUACUAUGACAACCACAACUGUAGCUCCUACGACAUCAUCUGUAGCUCCUUUGACCACUACAACUGCAGCACCUACUUCAACAACCACUGCAGCUCUUACAACCACUACAUCAGCAGCACCUACUUCGACAACUACAAAUGCAGUUCCUACAACAACGACAACUGAAGCUCCUACGACAACCACAACUGCAGCUCCAACUACAAUAUCUGUAGCUCCUACGUCCACUACAACAGCAGGAUCUACUACAACAACUACAAAUGCAGCUCCUACGACAACCACAACUGCAGCUCUUACUACAACUUUAGAUCCCACGACCAUUACAACAGAAGCACCCACGACGACCAUUACAAACACAGCUCCUACGACAACCGCAACUGAUACUCCUACUGCAACUUUAGAUACUACGACCACUACAACAGCAGCACCUACAACGACAACUGUAGCUCCUACGACAACCACAACUGUAGCUCCAAGUACUCCUAUGACGACUACAACUGCAGCACCUACUUCAACAACCACUGCAGCUCUUACAACCACUACAUAUGCAGUUCCUACAACAACGACAACUGAAGCUCCUACGACAACCACAACGGCAGCUCUAACUACAACAUCUGUAGCUCCUACCACCUACGACAACAUCUGUAGCUCCUAUGACCACUACAACUGCAGCACCUACUUCUACAACCACUGCAGCUCUUACAACCACUACAUCAGCAGCACCUACUUCGACAACUACAAAUGCAGUUCUUACAACAACGACAACUGA